AUGCCCAGCACGGCUCUCUGUGAAGAAUGGAUCCUCAUCACCGCCGGCUAUACGUGGUGUCAGAGCCCCCGGAUCGAGUUGGUCAGUGGUGAAGAUACGACAUCAAGCGAGGGAUCGAUUCUGUUUCCUCGGGAGCUUCUCCGACGUCGCUCACGAACUUUCCGGAAACGGAUCGCGUUGCACGAUGAGAAGGAGAUCUCCCUGCCCGACACUUCUGUGCAAACCUUGACGGAGUUCUUCAUCUGGAGUAAUCGACCCGACCCGCAUCUCGAAGACCGCCUGAGUUUCCCGGAAGUCGUCCAUCUUGGUAUUUUCGCCUGGGAAUACCAAAUCUCCGCGCUCAGCAACCAAGUCACGGACAAAGUGCGGGAGAAUCUUGCCAGUGGCGAAUGGCAAUUGCAAGCGGCCAUUGUGGACGCUGUCUACCAGGCCACGGAACCCAACAGCCCGCUACGGGAAGUGGUUAGGUCUGCGUUGGGGCAGCUCUCGCGCUCGGUCAUCGCGGGCGAAGAAUGGGAAAGCACAUUCAGAAAUAAUCGCGACCUUGGCUGGGAUUAUCUCAGGGCUGGGGACAAAGAGUGGGCUCGUCAAGACUACUUGUCAGGAGUGUGCCGGUUCCACAACCAUGACGGCAUCAAACGGCAAGAGGGUCUUUGUGAUGGGUGUCCCUUUGCCGAAGCCGAUUGCUAUCCGGAUUGGGAGGAGAGCGUCGGGCAGGAAUUUGAGAAGUCGGAGCACGAACUGCCAUCACAACCAGAGAAUGCGGCAGAAGUAGCUGUCGAGGAGCCAGGAAUUGGAGCGCCAGAGGCCGUAUCAGAACCAGAGCCAAUAUUUGAGGAGCCAAUGCCGGAGCCAGAACCAGAGCCAACAUUUGACGAGCGACUGCCAGAGCCAGAGCCAGAGCCAAUAUUUGACGAGCGACUGCCAGAGCCAGAGCCGAUACUUGAGGAGUCAAUGCCAGAGCCAGAGUCGGAGACAGAGCCUGCAGUUGCAGAACCACCAGUCGGGGAAAUACCGAUCGAAGGGGUCCCUGUUGAAGAGGCAAAGCCUGUAAAGGUCGACGGCAAUUCGGAAGCAGUCGAAGAGGCUAAUGGUGUCCGCAUGAAUGGUCACGUCGAGUCAGAGGACGCAGAGGAAGUACUUGAGGACGCAGACGGCACAGAAACACCUCACGCCAAUGGAGUCCGGGCAGGGUCCCUUGCGGAGGAGGAAUCACUGUACCCGGAGUCGCUGUCAAGUGACCGGGAGAACCCUGUGGCGAUACCCCAGGUGAAUGGAACCAUGGCGGCCAAGGGCAAUGUGAAGGCGGUUGUGACGGAGGUGCCUGAAGGUGGGAAUCGCAAAUUGUCCAAGAAUCAGAAGAAGAAGAUGGCAAAGCGAUUGAGCAGGAGCACCAGCGGUGGGAAUUGA